AUGUAUUUUGGCAUCCAUAGAAGCAGCAAAGUAUUUGAGGCCAUGUUCAACCAUUCAACCAAGGAAAAUAUCACUAAUCAAGUCGUAAUUGAAGACAUUCAACCUGAAGUAUUUCACGAACUUCUCCGUUUUAUUUAUAUCAGCCGCUUGACUUCAGAAACGAUGGAAACUAUGCUGGCCCCCAGACUGUUUGUAGCUGCCGACAAAUAUUUGCUGGAUCAACUGAAAUCCGAAUGCGAGUCACAUUUGCUUCGUCAAAUGUCGGCCGAGAAUUGCUUGGAAUUGCUUCUGCUCAGCAGCGACCAGAUCCACCCAGCGGAUAAUUUGAAGACAAAUGCAGUGGAUUUCUUCCGGCGUUAUCCACGUGAAGUGAUGGCGACCGACGGAUGGAAAAAGGCGAGACAAGAACAUCCCAAUCAUUCUAUUUGGAACAUGUUGUAG